UGCAUUAUUAGUUUCAUGGGUGGAAUAUUCAUAGAAUAUAUUUGUUCAGGAGAUGACAGGCGAGGCAGUGUAAGUUUACAGAAUAUUGAUCUAACACCUGAAACUGUUGAAGAGAUUUUGGAACACAAACCUGUGAAGGAUAAGCUGAGUGAACUGGCCGUCAAGCUAGAACAGUUGGCUAAAAAGCGGAACAAAAAUUUUAUAGAACUGGAAGCUUCUAAAACAAAGGCAGAAGAGAAAUUAACCAGGGUACCAAGUCGAAAAAAUCCCCCGCAGCGGAACCCGUUGAACAAGAUUGUAAAGAAGUUCAGCACCGUGAACCUGGAUGGGGGGAAGGGAGGGCAGGAGGAGGAGGUGGGGGUCCGCCUCGACUCCCUCAAGAAGGGGCACAAUGAGAAACUACUUAGUUUUGAGAACAAAUAUCUCCGUGAGGAAAAUGAGCUGAGAUUAAAGUUUCUAGAAUCAGUUUUUAUCUGCGCUGAGAAAUCAAUGGCCAAGUCCCACGCCGCUCAGAUGAAAGUUCUUGAGAAUCUUUACAACAAGGAAUAUUCUGAAGUUCUAAAGAAAAUUGAGUGCGAGGAUAAAACCCAGGAUGGUAAGAUGGACAGCUCCAAUGUAUCCAGAGAAGACAUGCAAAGAGAGAGGAGGGAGAGAUUGAUUAAGAAAGGGGUUCACGAAAAGAUGAAACUGAAGGACCUGUAUGAUGACCGGAAGGAGGAACUAGAAGGAGCGCAUGAGAGAAGAAGAACAGAGAUGAAAAGUGAAUGGGAGAAGAGGCAUAAAGAGCUCUCACUUCGGUUUAUUAGUCAGACAGAAGAGAUUUCCAGAAAAUACCCGUGAGAAAGAAGAAGCCAACCUAACCGCCAUUUUUAGCUACUUUCAUACCAAUGUAAAGCGGCAUUGUCUAGUCCGCCAUGUUGUUUUCGUCAGCGGUAUUUCUGCCGGGAUAAAUUAAAGAAACAAACAAAGCACAAAUAUUGUUACAGAGUUAGUUACAUAUAUCUAUAAAGUUAAACCUUGAAACAAAGUUAUAUUUUUAAACCUUG